AUGUGUUUGUGUGUAGAGUUGGGGAGAGCCUAUAAAUUUGCUGCAUGAUCGUGCCUGAGCCAGUGAGCCUCUAGAACUUAAUAAGAAGAUAGAGUCAUAAUGCAAAAGCCUCAGCCUACUUUAGAAGAAAUGAAGCGGCAGCUACAAGAUAUUCCUGUCCGUACAAAGACCCCUCCAGAUUCACUGAUUCCUCCCCUCUCUGCUCCACCUCGCCUCACACAAGAAGGAAUGUUUCUUGGCUUUAUAAUCGAAAAAGAACCUGUUCGCCCCUUUAGAGCAGAUUCAGACGUGGAGAGGGAUGGUGGUGGCUUGUCAAAGAUUAGAGAUUCUGUUCGUCCUAGUUUUCGGGAGGAGAGGAGGCAGAUUAAAUUGAUUUCAACUCCAACAGAAAAAACUCCAGGACGCUAUAUAUUUUACGACGAAUCUGGAAGCAAUACAGUGGAGUUUUAUGCUGACAAAAGAAUUCUUGAAGCGACUGACAAUGGAGAUGUGGUUACUGCUGUAGUAUAUGACAAAGAUCCAGGAGAAGGUAAAUUCAAUCUAAAGGCAAUAAGCACAGAAACUAAUUCGUACCAGAUGAAAAAUGAAAAAAAUCAUUGUAUCUGCUUGGUCCUUAAAGACAACCGGCCAGAACUAGUCUCUCUUAGUGAGACCGACAUAAAGAGAGAGACCAAUGUCAUCCAAUACUUGACUGUGUUCCAGUAUGGUUCUGCUGACCACGACAUUGCCAUAUUCUUUUCGUAUGGAGAAGGAAAGAAACAAUACAAUUGCUACCUUAUACCUCAAGCAUCAGACGCUAAAGCCUCCUGCAAAGUCUGCCUCAAAAUAGUUGACGUGACUAACAAGAAUCAAGAUCAACAGAGAGUGAUUCAUAGUCAAUAUGUGAACUUUACUACGAAUCCCGAGACUUCUAUCGACUCUACUGAUGAUGCUGAGCCUAUCAAGCAUCAUCAUAUACUUUCCACCAACGACCCAGAGGCUAGGAAUGGAGGAGGCACUCUUACUCAUUCCUUAGAGAGUUCAGCCUCUGGUGGAAGCAGCGAUUCUGGGCAAGGAUUAUCUGUCAAAGAUAGCAAUGGCGAGAGCUCAGUCUCUGGUGGAAGCAUUGAUUCUGGAUCAUCCCUAAAAGAUUGCAAUGGCGGGAGUGGAGAGGGUGUGGGCGGUGGAGACGAGAGUGAGACUAGUAGUUUGGAACAAUCUUAAAAGAACAUUAUACUUGACGAAUUUUUUGCACACGUACAUAGUCUUGCAAAGCCAGAUCCGACUCUCCUGGCCCUGGCAAUGCAAGACUAGCAACCCCUCUAUUCUCCUUCAUACUUUCCCCAUUACUACCCCUUACAUUAUAGCAUUAGAUUUUAGUGUACUGUAUUUUUGGGUGUAGCUGUAAUACAUUCCUUUUUAAAUUUUUUAA